AUGGCGGAGCUGGAUACAGAUUCAGAGAGGAAGAAACACUCCCGUUUGCACAAAAGGGAUGCAGUCAGCUCACUGCUGCUGGCGCCGGACCGCAAGGUGGCCGAGGCGUUGUGGCUGAACAAACAAGACAGCCUCACACGACUUGACGAGCUUCAGCGGCUGUACGAGGAAGCAGUUCGGGCUAGAGAAAUGGUUAAACAUGUGUCGGGAAGCCCCCCAGGGCCGCUGCGUUCAGCAAACGGCUCCAGACGUGCUUCAGCCUCUAGCGAGUUACACGACUACCGAGGCAGGCCGCUCCAUGAUCAGCUGCACGGUGCAUACCGUGCGACUUUACUGUCUCACCAUACGAAGAAUCUGAACCUGAAAGGGUUUAUGAACUUGUUUUUUAUCCUUCUUUUUGUCAUUAAUUUCCGGAUGGUGACGGACAACCUCAUGGAAUAUGGGCUCAUGAUCACCUUCCCAUCGAGCUUUGGAGAUAUCCUGUCGAACUGGCCAAUACUGCUUUGUUUUCUCCUGAUGCAUUUUUGCAUUCUAGGUGCCUUCGUCAUCGAGCGUUUCGUCGCGGCCUGGGUUCCGCAGAUUUUAGAUUGGUCUGAAUGCGUCCUGAUUGGCAUUAACUUUUUUCUGGUCUUCAUCGUUCCAUAUCUAACAGUCGCCCAUUCCUCUUCUGCACCCGCAUCAUCUGCACUGCUCCUGGCAUUUUCAGUCGUAUGGCUCUUUAAACUCUUUUCAUUCCACCAUGUUUGCCUUGAUACGCGGCGAGCUUUGAGGGACGGAGAUAAUUUCCAUGAGCUGUGCUCGAACAACGAGGAGGCUGAGCUUGUUCGGAAAUAUCCGAAUUCCAUAACGCUACGGCAUCUGUACACAUUCAUCUGGAUGCCUACGAUGUGUUUCCAAUUUCAUUAUCCUCGGGUCCCGUGUAUUAGAUGGCUGUCAGUUAUCCGUCAUGUCUUCGAAUCUGCAGCCUGCCUGGCGCUCAUGAAGAUCGUCAUCGACCAAUACAUUGUUCCUGUUGCAAAAAACUCCUUCACGAUAACAGAAAUGCAGUCGAUACCUUUGAGCACGCUUCUUGUCCAUUUCCUUGACAAGGUCACCAAGCUCUCUAUUCCAAAUCUCUAUGUGUGGCUUCUCAUGUUCGUCGGGCUCUUCCACCACUGGUGCAAUAUCCUUGCGGAGAUUACCCGCUUCGGCGACAGACAGUUUUACCUGGACUGGUGGAACGCGUCAAGCUUCGGAGAGUACUGGAGAAAGUGGAAUCUACCGAUUCACCAUUUCCUUAACCGUCACAUAAACAAGCCGCUUCGUCGAGCACGUUUCCCCAAGAUUGUUGCCACGUCCGUCGUCUUCCUAAUUUCUGCGCUCCUUCAUGAGUAUAUGAUCACGGUGCCGCUGCAGCUCGGCUGGACAGGCUGGGUGUUCUUAGGCUUCAUGGCUCAAGCGCCGCUCACCUAUAUAACAAACCUCUCAUUCUUUCAGAGAAAUCCUACGCUUGGGAACUGCUUCUUUUGGUUUAUUUUCUGUUUCUCCGGCCAACCGCUUGGUAUUCUGAUCUACUGGUAUUUGUGGGGAGUGAAGCAUGGAACGGUCCAACAACUAGAUCCGAGUAAAAUCCAGAUAAUGUAG